AUGGACAUUCAUAUUCUUCACCCACUGAAGCAAAAGCCACACCCCAACCCCUGUGGUAUGGAUAAUGGUGGUUGUAGCCAUCUAUGCCUUCUGGCACCAGGAACUAAAUACAGAUGUGUUUGUCCCAGCAACUUUUUCUUGAGCUCUGACAACCGUACUUGUAUUGCAAAUUGUUCUUCUUCCCAAUUCCGUUGCGGUAUCACAGAUGACCGCUGCAUUCCACUUUUGUGGAAAUGCGACGGAGAAAAAGACUGCAAAGAUGGCCUUGAUGAACUUGACUGUCGUAACUCGCCCGAUAUGACACGUCACCUGGUGUCCAGCUCGCUCGAUAUGACACGUCACCUGGUGUCCAGCUCGCUCGAUAUGACACGUCACUUGGUGUCCAGCUCGCUCGAUAUGACACAUAAUACAACAUGUAAACCUUCGCAAUUUACUUGUGCUAAUGGUGCCUGCAUUUCAAUCAUGUGGAAAUGUGAUUAUGAUCAAGACUGUGUGGAUGGUUCGGAUGAAAGUCCUGACUUGAAUUGUGCCAAUAAAACUUGUCCUCUGAACUGGUUCAAAUGUGCAACAAACUACAAGUGUGUUCCUCGUUCCUAUCUGUGCGAUGGAGAAGAUGACUGCCGGGAUAAUUCAGAUGAAGCAAGCGAGAACUGUGGAACCUGUAAUCCCGACCAGCAAUUCCAGUGUGACAACAACCGUUGCAUCCCCAAGCGUUGGGUGUGCGAUUUUGACAAUGAUUGUAAAGAUGGCUCAGAUGAAAAACUUUCACUUUGCCAGAAUAAAUACCGUUCCUGUUCCGAAUCAGAAUUUCAAUGCAGAAACAAGAAAUGCAUCCAGGGUAAAUGGCGUUGCGACUAUGACAAUGACUGUGGAGAUGAGAGUGAUGAAAUAAACUGUGGCCAAAUCACUUGUCCUGUGGGCAAGUUCCGAUGCAAUAAUGGAUAUUGUGUCCACCAAAGUGCUGUCUGUGAUGGCCACCGGGAUUGUCAAGAUGUUUCUGAUGAACUCAAUUGCACAGCUCGUUUCCACAAUGGCAAAUAUUGCCCAGCAAACGUUUUUGAAUGCAAAAACACAAUUUGCAUUCCACGCAAAUGGCAAUGUGAUGGUGUUGAUGACUGUGGAGAUAAUUCUGAUGAAGCCGCAUCAGUGUGUAAAGAAACUGAGUGUUCUCCUGAUACACACUUCCGGUGUGACAACUUUAUAUGCAUCCCCCGUUGGCGCGUCUGUGACAAAGUGGACAACUGCGGAGAUGCAUCGGAUGAGAAAAAUUUUGAAAUAUGCGAACCUGUUAAACGUCGAUGUGAAGCAAACCAAUUUAAAUGCAGCACACGUAAACAGUGUAUUCAUUCUUCUAAAGUGUGUGAUGACAUCAUCGAUUGUGAGGAUUCAUCCGAUGAACAGGGCUGUUUUAAGUCGAGUGGUACAGUCAAUUGCUCUGUCAAUAAUGGUGGCUGUGCACAUAACUAUAUUGAUGAAUGUGCCCAAUGGGGGAACAACUGCCCACAGAUUUGUAACAACCUGAAAGGUUCCUUUAAAUGUGCCUGUAUGACUGGAUUCUUUGAAUCAAGUUAUCCGUUCCCCAGGUGCAAGCUAUUCUUUGUAGGCUUACCAACUGUCUAUCUCACGAUGGGUAGUGAAAUUCGGCGAUUUAGCCCAAGUAAAAGGAAAUAUUCUGAAGUUUUCACUAGUCAUCGGCCUCAAGCAUUGGCUUUUAACACCCAGCACUCAACAAUAUACUGGACAGACUCGACCUUAAAAUCAAUUCAUAGGGCCUACGUUGCAGAGACUCCAGGCCCUGCUGCAAAACUUUACAUCACGGGCCUUCAAGAACCAAAUGGAAUUUCUGUAGAUUGGAUAUCUGGGAAUAUUUACUGGACUGAUACAGCAAAGAAGACGAUAUCAGUUGCUGCCUACGAUGGGAAAUACAGCCGAACACUAAUUAGAAAUGGACUGAGAAAACCUUAUGCCAUUGUCACUAACUCAAAUACAGGUUGGAUGUAUUGGACUGAUAUCGAUAGUGACAUGCCAACAAUUGAGAGAGCCUGGAUGACUGGUGAGAAACGUGAAGUUUUGAUCAAUGAUCGAUUGGCUUAUCCCACAGGAAUCACCAUAGACUAUUUCAUGCAGAACCGAGUCUUUUGGUGUGAUGCAAAGUUAAAUGUCAUUGAAUCUAUAAAACCUGACGGCUCAGAUCGAGUAACUGUCGUGAGUCAAGGUUUGCAGAACCCUAUAAGCCUUGAUGUGCUUGAAGAAUAUAUGUACGUGCUGUCUCAAAAUAGUGGGAAGCUAUUGAGGAUGGACAAGUUUGGCCGAGGGGACAAUAUCAUCCUACAGAGCGGACUACUGCUGCCGAGAAGUGUCAAAGUGUUUCACGUUCUCAAAUCCAACCAAGAUGCCAAAAGCAAGUGUUACUACAAGACAACCUGCAGUCACCUUUGUCUUCUGACUCCUGAUGGCCACACGUGUGCGUGUCCUGAUAAUUCCAAAUUACUUCCAGGUUCGAAAACCAUUUGCGAUGCAGCAUUGGAGACUUCUGUAGAAUUGGCCCAUUGUGUAUGCAAGAAUGGAGGCACCUGUGUUCAGGCUGCCGACAACUCGUACACAUGCAAGUGCAAGGCAGGAUUUUAUGGCAGUGAUUGUACAUCAGUGACCCCAGAAAAGCUACUCGGUCAAUUAAAAUAUACUAAAGUGACUGCUGUGGUCGUACCUGUUGUACUGUUGUUGAUCAUUGCAGCUGUCUUGUUAGCUGGCUUCUUCUUCAUGAAAAAACGAGGAAAGUUUUUCUUGAACAAACCCUUAAUUGGGGGCCCAACUGUACCUCACACUCCAUUGGGUGUUGUGGCUUACCGGGAUGGAGAAAAUGUCCAAAUUGGAACACCAGCUCUCAGCUAUGAGAUUACGCCUGGUCAAGAAGUUAAUCCAAUAGAGAAAGAGUCCAGUUCAGCCAAUCCUGCUUGCCCUACCAAUUUCAGCAACCCCAUGUAUGGAGUUGAUCCAGCUACAAAAAUGGAACAGCAUCAAAAAAAUGAAAGUGGAUCAAGUGAAAAACCAAUAGUUAGUGCCAAAAAGACGGCAGAAACAAAGUCCACAAAUGAAAACUAUUAUGCAUCAUUAAAAACGGGUCGAUCCUUUGAUCCGACAGAGGAUACAGACAAAGAAACGGCUGGUUUGGUUAAAAUUGGUGAACUUUAG